AUGACCGAGCUGUCUUCCUUCUCCGCGACAAUGGGCUCCCACAACGGGGAAGGGCGUGACGGCGCUCGUUUCGUCGACCAGCGAAGCAACGGCAACGGCGAACACCUAGCACAGCCGGGCCCGUCCAACGACGCAGGCAACCACCAGCAUUCGCGGAAGCGCAAGAAGCGCUUCAAGUACCUCCUCGAGAACCAAUCCAACGCCAACGGCGAUGCCAGAGAUGGGCAGAGCGAGGAUCCAGACGGCAACGGCGUCGACGCCGAUGGCAAGAAAGAGAGCCGCAAGAAGGUCAAGAAGGCUUGCAUCUUCUGCAAGCGCAGCCACAUGCCGUGCGAAGAGGCAAGACCGUGCCGAAGAUGUAUCAAGCGAGGUAUCUCUGACAUGUGCCGCGAUGCCGAGCCCCAGGGCUCAAACGGGAAGCAAGCCAAGCCAACGGAUCGUGCAAAGUCGAGCCCCAGCACGACCAAGGGCAAGGGCAGGGACGACGACGGCGCGGCCGGAUCUCCCGAAUCCAUGUCGCCGGAGCCCGAGGAACUCGACAUCCCGGGCGUGUCUGCCAGAGACCCCGACUUUCCGCCGGCCAUGUCCAUCAGCCUCUUGCUCAGUCCCGCCGACGUCAGCUCCACGCGCAACUCGCAGGCCACCGUGUACGCCAGGUAUGCAGGCGACGCAGCGCCGGGUGGCCCGGCGGGCAAGGUUCAGGCACCCUCGAAGCUACGCAAUGGGCAGGGUCCUUCGACGCCAGGAACGCAGAGCCGGCGAUCCGCCCCUGCCGCCUUCACGGCCGACUAUGCCGAGGCGCAGGAGCGCUCCUGGGAGCGAAACAUGGACUAUACGUCGCAACGGGAGCUCAUGAAGCUGCUCGAGGCUGGGCCCUCUGCCGUCGACCUCAACGAUGCAUUCGGCGACAAGCCCACCUCGCUGCUUAACUAUCCGGCCAUGAUCGGGAUGCCGGUCGGCGAGUCUCUGAUGAUGCCGAGCGCGGCCAACAGUCCAUCGCCCGUCGCCGGCGGCAACCAAGGCGAGAGCUACGACGAGCGCAGUCGGGACAGCUCCUACCAUGUGGGAUCGACGUCGUCGCUGGUGCGGUCCCAUCCGUCUAGCGAGAUGUUCCCCCGACCCAAGCACCUGCUCCAGGAGGAGCAUGCCACGACCGCCGAGCUGCGUGGUCUCAAGAGCUACAGCUACACGUACGGCUACGCCAAGCUCGCUCGAUGGAUGCAGACGAGGUACUCGCGCGAGUCGUGCGAGGCCGUCGACCAGUGCCUGGGCCAGAUUCGGCCCAAGUUCCUCGCCAUCUCGCGCAGUCUGCCGGAGCGCGAGCUGCUGGGCGUCGAGGAGGCCUUUAUCCGCCUGGUGCACCACUACCAGGCCAACGUGCUCGAAUUCGUCCCGAUGCCGACUAUCGUGUCGCGCCGCACGGGCGAGGUGUACGCCGCCAACGAGCAUGCGGCCCGCCUGCUGCAACUGCCCAAGGGUCUGUUUGAAGGGGGCCAGAUUUCUCACUUCCAGCUGGUCCCCGAGGACGAGGCGGUCAAGCUGUGGCGCCUCUACGCCGACGAGUGCAUGGGCAUCCUCAAGGACCCGCCGGUGCGCCUAUCCAAGAUUGAGGUGGACCGGUCGCUGCUGCUGUUCAACAAGCCCGGCUUUGAUCCGCACACGGGCGAGCUGCUGGGCGACGGCAGCGGCGUGUGCCAGGACGGGUCGCCCGUCGUGAUCCGAAGCCAGGCGCUCGUCACGUUUGAGGCCAAGAUUUCGCAGCACGGUCUGCCCGUCAUGGUGGUGGUUCAAUUCAUCCCCAUGCCUGCCACCCUCGAAGGUCGAAGCUAG